AUAAACAGAAUGAACCAGAAUCAUCAUCUGAAGAAAGUGAGCCAGAAUCAUCAUCUGAGUCAGAGGAAAUUGGCAAUGAUAAAAAAAUGGCGAAUGUAGAUGAUCAGAGUGAAUCGUCUUCAUCAUCCGAGGAAAGUGACAGUAGUAAAAUAAAUAAAAAAAUAACGCGUUUAGAUAAACAGAAUGAACCAGAAUCAUCAUCGUCAGAAGAAAGUGAGCCAGAAUCAUCAUCUGAGUCAGAGGAAAGUGGCAACGAUAUAAAAAUGGCAAAUGUAGAUGAUCAGAGUGAAUCGGAAUCGUCAUCUGAAGGAGAUGAUGAACAUUCUUCAUCCGAGGAAAGCGACAAUGACAAAAAAAUGGAUCAGAAUGAUGUUGAAUUAUCCACUUCAAAAGAAAAUGAGAAAAAAAUUUUAAAUAGCUCGAGUGACACGAAAUCAUCUAAAUUCAAAAAGCAUGAUGAGAAAGCUGUACGUAAUUCUUCAGGUAGCAUACAAACGAGCAAAAAAAGGAAAAAUAGUUUGGAUGACUCUCCUAAUAAUAAUAAUCGAUGUCAACCGCCACCUACCAAAAAGAUAAACGCAGUUACAAGCGCAACAUCUAUAAAACCAACUAGUAGACUCUUCGUCCCGCCUGCAGUUCAGAAAAGUCAAAUGAAUAAGAUGAAAACAGUGGAGUCAGGAAAACCCAAGAAUGGAUUUCAUCAACCUCGUAUAAAUGUAAAUGAAGUCAAGUUUCAUAAUGAAAAGUUGAAAGAUAAUAGUUUCUUAGCAAAAGGUGGAGCUAUUGGAUCAUAUGGCCAUAAAGCAUACAACGAUUUUGUAGCUACUAGAGGUAAAGAUUUCCGUGCUCAGAAAACGAAAAAGAAACGUGGUUCAUAUCGUGGUGGUAAAAUCGACUUCCAAUCACAUUCAAUAAAAUUUGAAGACUAA